GGGGUGGUGUUUGGAGAUAUGACGGCGUGUGGGCUCAUGGUGGGGGAGAGGGAGCAAGUGAAGAAGAAGAACAAGAGCGAGCUGGGGUCGUGCAGCGGGGGUGGGUUCUGGAUCUGCAUGCAUUCGACGGGUUCCGUUUGGUUCGGGGACGCCGGAGCUGGGUGCUUGGCAAUCUGAUUCCCGUCUCUGUGUUUUUUUUGUGGGUGGGUUCUUGUUCCGUGUUUUGAGUCGUUCUCUUCGUUUUUUUCUCGAGAGCUUUGGACGUUUCUGGGUUUGGUCUGAAUCGGUGGAGCUCUGUGGUUGUGUUUCGGGGGGGUUUCGAAGAUAGCAUUUCUUUUUUGUUGUUUGUUUGGUGUGCGAGUGUCUCUUUCUUUAGAUGAAGGCCACGCCCUUACCCUCUGAGGAGCUUCAAAGGAAAGGGGUGGUGCUAGAUUUCUCUGCUUCUUCAGAUUCAUCCCAAAAGGACCACCGCCCCCACCACCACCACCACCACCAAGAACAGCACCAGAAGUGGUUGAACACGGAAACCCCAAGAAGCAAAUUGGGAAAUUUCUAUGUGGGCAGUGAGAAAUCCUUAUUUCUUGAAAUCAAAAGAAGCCCAAGCCCUCAACCGUCCUCUACACUGUCUUCCUCUCUCAACAGCGGCGGAGGAGGUGGUGCCUCGACCGACACCACCGGCGCGGCGGCGGCGGCUUCGGGCUACAACACGCCUCAAGGUGCUCUAGCAAAAUGUGGGAUGGGAGUGGAGGACUGGGAAGGUGUUUUGCCUGAGAACAGUCAAGAGCAGUCAAUUCUGAGGAUGAUAAUGGGCGACAUUGAGGACCCAUCUAUGGGACUGAGCAAGCUCUUGCAGAGCACUGGUGGGUCUCAAGAACUGGAAUUCAGUGCAGGAUUUGGGGUGCUGGAUCCAGGUUUCAGCUUUGAGCCUGUGACCAGCACCAAUUUGAACAUCGAGACUUCUCUGCAUGACUCAGGCCCUGAUUUCGCUCUCAGUGCCCAAAAUCUACAUGGCAACAAUCAACAUCACAAUGAAUCUCUUGAUGAAAAGCCCAUGAUUUUCAACCCGCAAGCGAUUAUUAACCAGAACCAGGCACAGUUCUCCCCAAAUCCUUCUUUUUUCCUGCCAUCAGGACAUGCUCAGAUGCAGGAUCAUCACCUGUUGUUGCUGCCACCCCUGAAGAGGCUAAACCCCGGCUCCAUUGAGCUGAAUUAUUCCGGCCCUGGAACCGGCUUGUUGGAUUCCGGGCAGGACUUGUUCGCCCGGCGACAGCAGCAUCAGCAGCUUCAAUUGCAUCCUCAACAAUUUCAGCAGAGGCCAGUGGCAGCUGUGAUGAAACAGAAGAUGGUAAACGACGACAUCGCGACCCACCAGCUUCAGCAGGCGAUACUUGAACAGCUUUAUAAGGCCGUGGAGCUGAUCGAAACUGGACACCCGGUACUCGCGCAAGGGAUAUUGGCGCGGCUCAAUCACCAGCUCUCUCCUAUUGGUAAGCCUUUUCAUAGGGCUGCCUUUUAUGUCAAGGAGGCUCUGCAGUUGCUCCUCCAUGCUAAUUCGACUAAUCCUCCGGCCUUCUUGCCUUUUAGUCUCAUUUACAAGAUCGGUGCUUAUAAGUCGUUCUCUGAGAUCUCUCCUGUCCUUCAAUUUGCAAACUUUACGUGUAACCAAGCCUUUCUUGAAGCAUUGGAAGGAUUUGACAGAGUCCACAUAAUUAGUUUCGACAUUGGUUAUGGCGGGCAAUGGGCUUCUCUGAUGCAAGAACUCGCAUUGCGGAAUGGGGGCGCUCCCUCGCUCAAGAUUACUGCUUUUGCAUCUCCCACGACCCAUGACGAGCUCGAGCUCGGCCUCACCCAGGAAAACCUUAAGCAUUUUGCCAGUGAAAUUAAUGUUGCCUUAGAAUUUGAAGUCAUAAACAUCGAGGCUUUAAGUUCAACACCUUGGCCACUGCCCCUCAAUGUGCCAGAUGGCGAGGCGAUUGCUGUGAAUCUUCCUAUUGGCUCCUUUUCUGCUCACCCGUCAUUUUUGCCGCUAGCACUUCGAUUUGUGAAGCAACUCUCCCCCAAAAUUGUGAUGUCACUGGAUAGAAGUUGCGACCGAACCGAUCUCCCAUUUAUGCAACAGGUAGUCCAAACCCUCGAUUGUUAUUCAAGCUUGCUUGAAUCCCUUGAUGCUGUGAAUGUGAACUUGGAGUUAUUGCAAAAGAUCGAGAAGUACUAUCUUCAACCUGGCAUCGAGAAAAUCCUAAUGGGUCGGCACCGGACACCAGAGAGAACUGUUUUUUGGAGGUCGCUGUUUUUGUCAUCUGGGUUCUCCCCAUUGACAUUUAGCAAUUUCAACGAAUCUCAAGCCGAGUGUCUCGUGCAGCGGACCCCCGUUCGGGGUUUCCACAUAGAGAAGAGACAGCAUUCUCUCGUGCUCUGCUGGCAGCGGAAAGAGCUUGUAUCCGCGUCUGCUUGGAGAUGCUGAGGAGCUUGCAUCUCAUGAGCAAAGUUCUGCAAAUUGGCCUUCAUCAUGAAGGUGACACACCCUAUUGCCUUUUGAUGCUGAUCUUUACUUUUUCUUAAUUGCUGAUGGAUGUAGUAUGCUAAUCAUCUAUCUGGUUUGGGUCUACUAUUUCCAAUUAAAGACCAGCCAACUUGGUGACUGAAUCACUUUGUACUGUUUUAGCGUCUUACUUUGGAUAUGGGUGUUAAAUGGUGUAUGAUGCUUAUUCCAUGUUUUGCGGAUGUAGCUGAUUGUUGUACACUUGACAACGAUGUUAAGUAAGAUAUUGACAAAGAAAUUGACCUUGAA